AUGGGUGAGUCGUUCGAGAAUGGCCAGAUUAUACACAAGUACAAGGUCCUGGGAAAAGCAGGAGAAGGAACCUUUUCAGAGGUCCUAAAAGCGGUACACUGUCACACCAACAAACAUGUAGCAAUCAAGCGGAUGAAACAAAAGUUUCACUCCGUCCAGCAGGUUAACAGUCUGCGCGAAGUCCAAGCGCUGCGACGCCUCAACCCGCAUAAUCACAUUAUUGCGUUAAAAGAGAUUAUAUUCGAUCGAAGGGCAGGAACAUUGAGCCUGGUUUGUGAACUAUGCGAGCAGAAUUUGUACGAAAUGAUUCGGGGUCGCUCAAGGCCGCUCAGCGAGAAAGUCGUUUCCUACCUCACUUUUCAGCUUUUAACUGCGCUGGAUCACAUGCACCGAGCGGGGAUUUUUCACAGGGAUAUCAAGCCAGAAAACGUCCUCGUUUCCGACAACCAUCUGAAACUCGGCGAUUUCGGAUCGUGUCGAUCAGUCCAUUCCAAACAGCCUCUGACAGAAUACAUCUCGACCCGCUGGUACAGACCGCCGGAAUGCUUACUGACGGAAGGAGUUUACGGCUGGAAGAUGGAUAUUUGGGCGGCUGGAUGCGUCAUGUACGAAGUUGCCACUCUCAGACCCUUGUUUCCUGGAGCUAAUGAAUUGGAUCAGAUUCAUAGAAUUCAUACGAUUCUUGGCUCCCCUCCUGAAAGACUUUUGAACAAGUUUUACAAGUGCAGGAAUCGCCAGAUCCCCUGGGAAUUCCCGAUCAAAGAUGGAAUCGGAAUCGAGCGAGGGCUGAGCAAUGUCAUGUCCCGUCAUGGCAUUUCGCUCUUGAAAAAGCUGAUCAAAUACGAUCCAGACGAGAGAAUUUCUGCCCGGCAGGCGCUUCGUUCAGAGUGGUGUCAGCUCGUUCAACGCGGCUCCCAGAACAUCGGAAACCGAGAAGGAUCGAAAGACUCCGGUGUUGACUUUGAAAGCCAUUCGGUCGCUUCCAACUACGAGAAUCAAAAAAAGAAACCAAAGACCCUUGUUAACCGCUCGCUAGCUACACACCCGAAUAACCCAAAAGAACCGAAUUUUCCGAAGUUCCCCCGGUUCAAGCCGCGCCAGAACCCGGUAAAGCCGGCGCAGAAAAAGAUGACGACGCAGAAGCUCCCCGCAAUCAACCAUCAAUCGAAGCAGUCCAAAAUGAUGAAGAUUCCGCCAUUCACGCUCAAUGGCAAAAGCCACCCGCAGCAGCUUCCCAAGCUCGAAAGAGUAAUCGAUUCCGUAUUCAGCCGCCUCCGCCAGAGUGAUAUGCAAGCUGCGGGGGAAACGACGGGCGGCACGCGUCGUCGGGUUAAAGUCUACCAGCUGAACGACGAUCGCCAGUGGGACGACCGAGGCACUGGUCACGUGACAGCGCAGACGGGUCCAGAUGAUGUCGUCUCGCUACUUGUUCGCUCAGAGGUUGACAACAGCAUCUUGCUCGACAGCGAAAUCAGACAGGAUACAAACUACUCAAAACAACAAGAAACGCUCAUUGUCUGGAGUGAGGAUCAAAACGACCUGGCUCUGUCCUUCCAAGAGCGACAGGGAUGCGAGGAAAUUUGGGAACGCAUCUGCCAAUGCCAGGGGCGCGAUCCAGACCAAACUGAUCCGCUGCAAUCGUCAGAUGAGGAGCCAGAAGAUGACUUGGAACUGCCCUCGCCGGAAGUCAGAAAUAUAGAGCAAAUCAGAGACAGCAUUCAAAAUCACUGUCGAAUGCAACGCCGAGAGAAACUCGCAGCUGCGAUCAAGGGCCAGAACUACAUUCCAAAGCUCUUGGAGGUCUUCCACUCUGUUGAGGAUUUGGAAGACGCAAACAGUCUCCGUGUCUUGUACGAAAUAUUCAAAUCUAUCUGGCUGCUCAAUCAAGCAGAUCUAUACGAGAUCAUGUUUAAGCCAGAAUACAUUUUUGAUGUGGUGGGGGUGAUGGAAUACAACCCGACGAGAAAAGACGAAUUAAAACACCGAGAUUACCUGAAGAACAUUUGCUCUUUUCAAAACGUGCUCAACGUUGACGAAGUCAUCGCAGAAAGAAUCACAGAACUCUACAGGAUGCAAUACGUUCAAGAGUCAGUUCUCCCCGCGCCAAGCAUGUUCGAAGCAGACAACCUUGCCAGUCUGGCAAGCUACAUCUUCUUCCAAAAGGUCGACCUGCUGAAAAUGAUCCUAAAAGAUCCAACACUCAUCGAUUCCUGCGUCAAAGAUCUGAAAGAUGAAAAAACCAGCCCAAAACGACAAGUCGAGCUCUGUCGAUUCCUCAAAGAAUUUUUUAUCUACGCUCAACAUCUGCAGGCGCCAGAAAAGGAUGAUUUUAUAAACACGCUGAUCAGAAAUGGGAUUCUCUCUGCGAUAGAGGUCUUGCUCGACUCUAAGUAUGCCAAAGUGAGGACUUUGGGGGCAGAUCUCAUCUGCCAAAUUGUCGAGGUUCACAAUUGUGCGUCGCAGAUCAGAGAGCACAUUCUCAAAACUCGAUAUAACAACGACUACCCCAACCCUCGCAAUCUGAUGUCACUCCUGCUGUGCGUGGCGCUAAACGAUCCCGACUCCGAGUCCGCCAUGGCCUUUAAUAUGAUGUACUCAAUCAAGGCGAUUUUGGAUCCGGAAAACAUGAUUCGCAACGCGACGGAAAAGCCCGACUUCCUCGGCUUUUUCUACAAAGAAUGCGUCGGCCGCCUCACUCACUACAUUAGCUCUGUUGCGACGCCGACCAAGAUGAUCAGAGACGACUAUCACACAGCCUCAACCUGCGUCAUCAUCAUGGAAUUGCUAAUGAUGAUGGUUGAGAACCACACUUAUCAUAUAAAAAAUCACCUGUUGCACCGAGACACGCUAAAACGAGCAAUGAUGCUUAUCCAAUCGCGUCACACAUUCCUCUCGCUCUCCGCGCUCAGACUUCUUCGCAAAAUCAUCGGAAAAGGAGACGACACUUACAACAAACUCGUCGUCAGGAACGACUUGCUGACUCCAGUUGUGGACGCUUUAUUCAACAACGGCAGCAGAUACAACCUCCUCAACUCUUCGAUACUCGAACUAUUCAAGUACGUCCACGACGAAAACGUCAAAACCCUCCUCGAACACACGCACGAGACCUUUGGCGAGCGCCUAAAAACAAUAAAAUACACAGACAUCUUCGAAAAAAUCCAGACAAAGGUCCAACAAGACGGCGAUGAACAGCAAAAUCAGAGAUCUUGGAGCGCUCGUUUCCGGCCACAUCCCUCGCCAAGUAGUAAUAAUUCGCGCGCCGAAACAAACUGGUUCGAAAUCGACGACGACGAUAAACCCGACAAGCUCGGCAAAGCGCUGGUCGACUACCAAGACUCGGACUCUGAUGGCGAAACGGAUCCAGACAAAACACCGGUGCCAGGCGAGAGUGCGAGCACGUCGAAAGAAGGCGAAGGCGGCGAGGCGGAACGGGAAGAGGCGAACAACGCGCAGAAUGAAGAAGAAAUGUCGAUAGACGGCGCCAAAGAUACACAAAGUGCAGAGAGCAAGCAGGAGGAACAGGGGGAUGAAGCUAAAGCCGAGAAAGAGGAUCUAACGAAGAAUGAAACAGAGAAAAGUGAAGACGUACUAAAAGUCGGCGACAAACGAGACUCCGAAUCGUCGGAAAACCCUGACUCCUCGCAACCAAAGCGAGCCAGACUGGAAGAAGAAGCAGCUGACGCUCCUGCGGCCAAAGUGGAAGAAGCGCAAGCCAGCCCAAACUCGGAAAUCGAGAAAAGCCUAGUUGAGACCCUAGACAAUUCGCUGCCCGAGCAAAAGAGCACAACUCAGGAAACACCAACCGAGGCGGGAGACGCCGUCUCUUGCUGA